AUGGAGGAGUGCGCUUGCCUCUGCAGUGUGGGCUCUUUACGGGGUUGUAAGUGUCAUCAGAAGCACCAGAGCCCAGCUGAGACCUCAGCAGCCAAUGGCAAGCCGUCCCCCGCAGAAAAGCAAGUCGAGGCAGACGCUGCAGCUCGGUGCUGUGCGGGGAGUGGAGGAAUCCUGAGCCCCAUGCCGCCCCUGCCCCCGCGCCCCUGCCCUGCUCUGCAGGACUUUCCGGUGGAGAUGCUGGUGGAGAUCUUCGCCUCACUUCCCGGCAGCGACCUGCCCAGCCUGGCCCAGGUCUGCACCAAAUUCCACCACAUCCUGCACACUGACAGCAUCUGGAGAAGGCGCUGCCGCGAGGAGUUUGGCAUUCGUGAAAAUUUGCAGAACCCGGAGAUGAUCAGUAUGUCUUAUCGAGAAGUCUAUGCGAAGCUGUUCCCAUACAGACACAUUUUGGGGUUGUGGCAGCUAAAUUAUAGCUGUAGAACACUGCUGAAUGUCGUGGUGGACGGCUUAUGCAUUACUGGUUGGUCGUACAGGCCUUCCCUUAACACCCAUGUGCAUGGCCCAAUACAUUUCAAGCCCUCGUUCCGAAUUCGCCUGAUGGAGCGGAAAUCAGCCACGGUGGAGUGCAUAGCAGGCCUCCUCAGCAGGCCCCACAGCGGCCACAUGCAGAUUCAGAAGGACAGGCUCACCAUCCAGUGCAAGAGGACAGACCACGGAACGGAUUCACCAACGCUGCUUAGGGGAGAACGGGGGCGGGGUCGGGUGCAGGAGGACAGACAGUGGUAUGACUGCCUGACCUACCGCCGCCUCUACCUCCCGCCUCGCCACUCGGACGACCUCAUCCGGCCAGGCCUCUUCCAAUACUACUAUGAUACCUUCAGCCUAAAGAUUGCCAUGCUCAGCUUCCAUGGGAAGUAUGCCAGGGUCACCAAUAUCACGGGAGACUCCAGCGGGAUGUUAGAGAUCCACCUCAGGCGCCGCAUCCAGCUGCCAGAUGGCGAGUUCUUCCGCAACUUCAACGAGCUCUCCCGCGUGGUCCGGGAGAUGGACGAGCAGGUGACCCGGGAGCAGCAGCAGCAGCAGCAAGAAGACCGGACUGAGGACAGCCAGGGCCAUGGCUGGCAGAGCCCUGCCCAGCCCAGCGCCGGGGAGUCCGGGGCCGCAGCUUCGGAGGAGCAGCCGGUCCCGUUUGUGCUGCCUGUGGGCGUGCGCUCAAUAGACCAGAACUACCCCCGGACCUGCAGGAUGUGUUUCUAUGGCGUGGACACUGUUACUGUUGGCUUACGUGGCUUCUCCUAUACCAGGCACUUACCUGGAGUCUUCAUCCUGUUCAAUGAGAACCACGUCGGGUUCAUCUGGCUGGAGGCGAAAUACUUCUUCCUGUAUGGCAGAGUCCAGAACACCUUCCAGAAUGUGGAGGCGCCAUCCCCGCAGGCCUUCCUGGAGAUGCUCAAAAACACUCAGUCCGGACCCCCUGGGAGGAGCAGCUUGCAUGCACUUUGAAGAUUUGACCUUCUGACCAGGUUACCCACCUUUGUUUGUUUUUAUAAUCCUCACCCGAGGGUAUUUUCCCAUUGAUGUUUAGAGAGAGUGGGGGAGAGAGGGAAAGACAGAAAUAAUUGAUGUGAGAGAAACACAUCAGUUGGUUGCCUCCUGCCCAAGCCCGGACCAGGGCCAGGCUGGGUAGGAGUCAGCAACUGAGGUAGAAAUAAACCUUAGACCAAUGGUCUCAACCUUCCUAAUGCCGCGACCCUUUAAUACAGUUCCUCAUGUUGUGGCGACCCCCAAUUUCAUUGUUACCAAUUGAACAUAAUUAAAGCAUAGUGAUUAAUCACAAAAACAAUACGUAAUUAUAUAUGUGUUUUCCGAUGGUCUUAGGUGACCCCUGUGAAAGGGUCGUUCGACCCACAGGUUGAGAACCGCUACCUUAGACCUUUCCAUCCACAGGUCUAGGCUCUAUCCAUUGAGCCAAACCAGCUAGGGCUGAGCAUGUCUUUUUAAAAAGAAAGAAAGAAAAA